CUCCGUUCAGAGGGAAAGCUUUUCUUCUCACAGCAGCAGCGGGGAUUUUCUGCCUGCACACGCCGGAUAUUCUUCACAUUAAAAAACACAGUCAGAGCUGAAAGCGGCCAGAGAAGAAGGACUCUUUCCAGGCCCGCGUAUCGCUCCCCAUCCCGCCUCUCUCAUUUGGGACAUCGUUGCUUUUUUCCAUUUUUAUUUUUUUUGUUUUUGUACCUUUUCCCUCCCCUGACAGUUUCUCUGUGGCGCACUCAGGUUUCUUUUGCUGACAUGGUAGAUUAUCACGCUGCCAAUAACCAACCGUCGGCCGGCGGGGCGCAGACCUACAUGGAGCAGGAGAAUGACUGGGACCGGGACCUGCUGCUGGAUCCGGCCUGGGAGAAACAGCAGAGGAAGACGUUCACGGCGUGGUGUAACUCCCACCUGAGGAAGGCCGGCACGCAGAUCGAAAACAUCGAGGAGGACUUCAGGGAUGGCCUCAAACUCAUGCUGCUGCUGGAGGUCAUCUCAGGCGAGCGGUUACCCAAGCCUGAGCGAGGCAAGAUGAGGGUCCACAAGAUCAACAAUGUGAACAAAGCCCUGGACUUCAUCGCCAGCAAGGGAGUCAAACUGGUCUCUAUUGGAGCGGAAGAAAUCGUGGACGGAAACGCCAAGAUGACCCUGGGAAUGAUCUGGACCAUCAUCCUCCGCUUCGCCAUCCAGGACAUCUCUGUAGAAGAGACCUCAGCGAAGGAAGGUCUCCUCUUGUGGUGUCAGAGGAAGACGGCGCCCUACAAGAACGUCAACGUGCAGAACUUCCACAUCAGCUGGAAGGACGGUCUCGCCUUCAACGCUCUGAUCCACAGACACAGACCCGAUCUCAUCGACUACGACAGCCUCAGAAAGGAUGACCCAGUGACCAAUCUGAACAACGCCUUUGAGGUGGCGGAGAAGCACCUGGACAUCCCCAAGAUGUUGGACGCAGAAGACAUCGUGAACACUGCUCGUCCAGAUGAGAAAGCCAUAAUGACUUAUGUGUCCAGUUUCUACCAUGCCUUCUCUGGAGCUCAGAAGGCUGAGACAGCCGCCAAUCGUAUCUGCAAAGUGCUGGCUGUCAACCAGGAGAACGAGCAGAUGAUGGAGGACUACGAGAAGCUGGCCAGCGAUCUGCUGGAGUGGAUCCGUCGCACCAUCCCCUGGCUGGAGAACAGAACCCAGGAGAAGACCGUGAAUGACAUGCAGGCCAAGCAGGAGGACUUCAGAGACUACCGCUGUGUCCACAAGCCACCCAAGGUCCAAGAGAAAUGUCAGCUGGAGAUCAGCUUCAACACCCUGCAGACUAAACUGAGACUCAGCAACAGACCCGCCUUCAUGCCGUCGGAGGGACGCAUGGUGUCUGAUAUCAACGGAGCGUGGCACACUCUGGAAGGAGCAGAAAAAGGCUACGAGGAGUGGAUCCUCAGUGAGAUCAGGCGUCUGGAGAGACUGGAACACUUGGCAGAGAAGUUCCACCAGAAGGCCGCCAUCCACGAAGGCUGGACUGAUGGCAAGGAGGCCAUGCUGACCAAGAAGGACUACGAGACCUCCACCCUGUCGGAAGUCAAGGCCCUGCUGCGCAAACACGAGGCCUUCGAGAGCGACCUGGCAGCCCAUCAGGACCGAGUGGAGCAGAUCGCCGCCAUCGCGCAGGAACUCAAUGAGUUGGACUACUACGACUCUGCCAGCGUCAACGCUCGCUGUCAGAAGAUCUGCGAUCAGUGGGACGUCCUGGGAGCGCUCACCCAGAGCCGCAAAGAGUCCCUGGAGAGGACGGAGAAGCAGCUGGAGUCGAUAGAUGAGCUUUACCUGGAGUACGCCAAGAGAGCAGCACCCUUCAACAACUGGAUGGAGGGAGCGAUGGAGGACCUGCAGGACAUGUUCAUCGUCCACAACAUCGAGGAGAUCCAGGGUCUGAUCACAGCCCACGAGCAGUUCAAGUCCACUCUGUCCGAGGCCAACAAGGAGCGGGAGGCCAUCCAGGCCAUCCAGGCUGAGGUGCAGAAGAUCGCCCAGAGCAACGGCAUCAAGCUGAGCGGAGCAAACCCUUACACCACCAUCACCCCCGAGAGCAUCGACAGCAAGUGGGAAAAGGCGAUGGAGCUGGUGCCGCUGCGAGACAACGCCCUGCAGGAUGAGCUUAACAAGCAGAACUCCAACGACACACUGAGAGCCAAGUUCGCCACUCAGGCCAACACGGUCGGCGCCUACAUACAGGCCAAGAUGGAGGAAAUUGGCAGGAUAUCCAUUGAGAUGAACGGCACUCUGGAGGACCAGCUGACCAACCUGAAGGAGUACCAGAAGAGCAUCAUCUCAUACACGCCUGAGAUCAACACGCUGGAGGGAUACCACCAGCUCAUCCAGGAGGCCCUCAUCUUCGACAACCAGUACACCUCCUACACGAUGGAGCACCUCCGCGUGGGCUGGGAGCAGCUGCUGACCACCAUCGCCAGAACCAUCAACGAGGUGGAGAACCAGAUCCUGACACGUGACGCCAAAGGCAUCAGCCAGGAGCAGCUCUAUGAGUACCGCGCCUCCUUCAACCACUUCGACAAGGACCACACCGGCGCCCUGAUGGCCGAGGAGUUCAAGGCCUGUUUGAUCAGUCUGGGCUACGAUGUGGAGAACGACAAGCAGGGCGACACCGAGUUUGCUCGCAUCAUGGGCAUAGUGGACCCCAACGGCAGCGGCGCCGUCACCUUCCAGGCCUUCAUUGACUUCAUGUCCAGGGAAACGACCGACACUGACACAGCAGACCAGGUCAUCGCCUCCUUCAAGAUCCUGGCCGCUGAUAAGAACUUCAUCACGGCCGAUGAGCUGAGGAGGGAGCUCCCCCCCGACCAGGCGGAGUACUGCAUCGCCCGCAUGGCGCCCUACACGGGACCCGACGCCAUCCCCGGAGCCCUCGACUACAUGUCCUUCUCCACCGCCCUGUACGGCGAGAGCGACCUGUAGAGGAGGCGAGAGGAAGAGGACAACUAGACGGACCAGGGAGGAAGAGGGGGAGGGAGGGAGUGGAGUGUUUGGAGGAAUUUGAGUGGUGGUUGUGAGGUGCCCCUGCUUGUGCUGGUUUAGAAAUCAUCAGAAGUUUCUUUUUAAGGCUGAGCUUGUCGAUUUGAACUGUAGUUUUCCAGCUCUGUGGUGUCAGAUCAGAGAGUUACGAGGUCAGUUUGUCCUGAAGGUUUAUACGAACGGGCAUAUCCAGGGGCAGCUGUGGGACAGUCGCUCUGUGGUGGGGGUCCUGAGCUUCACCCUCUCUGCCUUUGUGGGGUCAAACAGGGGAGGGACGGGG